AUGGCUGCCCCAGAGGUUAUCUGCGCCAACUGGUCCUCUGACUACACUGAUUGCAAGAAAGGGGCCAAGUACACUUGCAAGAGCUGUCUGCUUGUCACUGUAGGCUAUAUCCGCGAUCCUGCACGUUGUUUAUGUGUAGGAUAUGCCCUGAAGAUAUUUUCAAUAUGUGGUGUAGUACUGCGGCCCGACAUGCCAGAAGUCCCACUGGCCUCGACACAACCUGCCUGGGUUUUUGAGAACCGAAUGCCCUCGUUUAUCGGAGGAGGGAUAGGAAAACACUUUGGAGCGCCAAAGUUCCUUUGGGGUAACGUCCCUGCCUUCGACGUCCUUCGACUUGGAUCGAACGAGGGAGAUGAAUAUCGCGAAGACCUACGCAUCUUGUUUGCUGCUUCAGGAGACCUUCGAAAUGUUAUUAAGACGAUUGCCCAGCUUCCGAGCAGCUACGGCCGGUCCCUCGAAAUUACAAUAAACGACCGGGAUUUUGAUAUCGUGGCUCGCAAUGUUACCUUGCUUCUUAUUGCCCUGGUGGUAGAGGACGUUGACGAGGCGGUCGACCAUAUCAUCCAUCUCUGGUACUCAGCCCUCGUACGGGAGGCAGACGUUGACCUCCUUCACCAGCGAAUUAGUCCCCUCAUCGAAAGCAUCUGUGGGAAGAUCAAAGACAAGGCCCCCAAAAGUCUCCUAGGAAAGACGUGGACGUUUGGGAAGUGCUCUCUCAGAAUUGUCCUCGAGAAGUCCUCAUGGGACCGUCUCCUGGCUUUUAUCGCUGCGCCUAUUGCCUUGACGGCUGAACGAGCACGCGAGAUCCGCGCAGCCAUCACUCUAGCUGAGUCGAGGAAAGACUACCGUGACCGAUACAUGUAUUGCCUGUCUCCAGUCCAUCGAAUUGCUUUUAAUAAGUUCCGGGAAGACGGCCUCCUGCUUCCAUUUGGGUCGACGCGCCAGGAGUUUCGAGUACCAAACCCGACUUUCUUCCAGGAUGAAAGUACAUGGCCAAUGACGGAUAGUGCUGAUCCUCAUCAGGGGUGGUCUUCAGAGGAGGUUGCCAGUACCUCAAGUGGCGCCGCAACGGCUGAUAUCUACGGCAAACUCUUUUACCACAUUCGCGGAACGCUUCGAUCGUUUCUUGACCAGCUCUCGAGGCUGUGUCUCUCUUUUAAACUCUUCCAGGUUGACGCUUCUUCGCUUCCUGGCUUGCUUGAGGAAAAUGCUUUUAGUAGAAUUGAGGUGUCCAACAUCUCGGAUCGUGGAUGGCUCGGAAUACAUCGCACACUAGAGCUGAUGGUGCCGUUGCUCCAAACAUCUCUCGAGAACCCACAUGCAUCCCUAAUUACGCUCUUCCUGAACGCAGUUGACGAGACCUUAACCGACCAAGACAGACUACACAUGACUACAGAUAGCUCAUCAAUAAAUGCCCUCUUCAAAUACCUCCCCCCGACAAAAAGAAUAUCCUCCACGUAUGAUCCGCAGCUUAUGAAACAUAUUGCCGGCCGGGAUCGUCUCACUUCCUUUGAUCAUAUCUUCGACCGACAUUCGAAGGCUUUCGAGUUCUGUGAAACAGCUGAUUUCCUGGGCGCGGCGAUGAAAGAUAACCACUCUAUCAUCGACAAGUGGCCAUUCAUGUUGAAGCUCCGGCCUGGCCAGCAGGGAGCGCAAGAAGAGUUUGACCGGUCCAUUAGCGGAGGGAUGUCAGGAAAGGAGUGCUACGUUGAAUGGAAACGAAUUCGUUGA